CUCUCUUUCCACCUCCGACCCGCCGGGGCUCGGGAGAGGCGCCGCUCGCCUGUCCUCCGGGCCGCCCUACUGCCACCACCCGCACUCUCCGCUCGCAGUGAGCCCGUCAGUCUCUGUACUGUGCGCUCCUCCAUCUGGGCCAUGGAUGGUGUUGUUACAGAUCUUAUAGCAGUCGGUUUAAAGCGGGGAUCUGAUGAGCUUCUUUCUUCUGGCAUCAAUAACGGACCUUUUACCAUGAACAAUUCUACUUCUUUUACAGCUAAUGGGAAUGACAACAAGAAAUUUAAAGGAGAUAGACCUCCCUGUUCGCCUUCCCGUGUUCUCCAUCUCCGCAAAAUUCCAUGUGAUGUCACCGAAGCAGAGGUCAUAUCAUUAGGUUUACCAUUUGGCAAAGUAACUAAUCUUUUGAUGUUGAAAGGAAAAAGCCAGGUAUAUACUCCUGUUACUCCUCAGCUUCGAAGCCAGCCUGUUUAUAUUCAGUAUUCUAAUCACAGAGAACUUAAGACUGACAAUCUACCUAAUCAAGCUAGAGCCCAAGCUGCACUGCAGGCUGUCAGUGCUGUCCAGUCAGGAGGCCUGCCCCUUCCUGGAGCUUCUUCUAAUGAAGGCACAGUCCUCCCCGGGCAGAGCCCUGUGCUCCGAAUAAUUAUUGAGAACCUCUUUUACCCUGUUACUCUGGAAGUUCUUCAUCAGAUAUUUUCUAAAUUUGGCACAGUCUUGAAGAUUAUCACCUUUACAAAGAAUAAUCAGUUUCAAGCCUUGCUUCAGUAUGCUGACCCAGUGAAUGCACAUUAUGCCAAAAUGGCUCUGGAUGGCCAGAAUAUCUAUAAUGCAUGCUGCACUCUGCGUAUUGACUUCUCCAAGCUCACCAGCCUUAAUGUGAAAUAUAAUAAUGAUAAAAGCAGAGACUUCACUCGCUUAGACCUUCCUACUGGUGAUGGCCAGCCAUCCCUUGAACCCCCUAUGGCUGCUGCUUUUGGUGCACCAGGUAUAAUUUCUUCACCAUAUGCAGGGGCUGCUGGAUUUGCCCCAACCAUUGGAUUUCCUCAAGCUACUGGUCUGUCAGUUCCAGCUGUUCCUGGAGCUCUUGGUCCUCUUGCAAUCACUUCCUCUGCUGUCACUGGACGGAUGGCUAUUCCUGGGACUGGUGGUAUACCAGGAAAUUCUGUUCUGCUUGUCACCAAUCUCAAUCCUGAUCUUAUCACACCACAUGGGCUUUUUAUCCUGUUUGGAGUAUAUGGUGAUGUUCAUCGAGUGAAGAUUAUGUUUAACAAGAAAGAAAAUGCCUUGGUUCAGAUGGCAGAUGCAAAUCAAGCUCAGCUAGCAAUGAACCAUCUAAGUGGUCAGAGACUUUAUGGAAAAGUGCUUCGUGCUACACUGUCCAAACAUCAAGCAGUUCAGCUUCCUCGAGAGGGACAAGAAGACCAAGGUCUGACGAAGGAUUUCAGCAAUAGUCCUUUGCAUCGCUUUAAAAAGCCUGGCUCUAAAAACUUCCAAAAUAUUUUUCCACCAUCAGCCACUUUGCAUCUUUCCAACAUUCCCCCUUCUGUUACAGUGGAUGAUCUGAAGAGCCUUUUCAUAGAUGCUGGAUGUUCAGUGAAGGCUUUUAAAUUCUUUCAGAAAGAUCGCAAAAUGGCACUCAUUCAAUUGGGAUCUGUGGAAGAAGCAAUCCAGGCCCUCAUUGAGCUUCAUAACCAUGAUCUUGGAGAAAAUCACCACCUCAGAGUUUCUUUCUCAAAAUCUACAAUCUGACUUUUCUGUGAAUCUUUCUUCUGAAACUGGACCACAAUUUCAGUAAAACCUUCAGACAUAGACUGAAGAAGCUCAAGACCAAUUCUGCCUCUUUGACAAAAAUAACUUUCUGAAUUUGAUAUUCAAGUAUAUUUUAAAAAAAUCAAAGGAUGUUCUUUUUUUCUAUUUUGUUUCCCUGCCAGUAUGUGAUCAAAGGUUUGUUUUUUCUUUGUACCAUGGUCUCUAUGAAAAUAAUCUUCAGGAAAAAAUAUUUUUUCAAUAAUUUAAAUCCCUAUAUUAAAUUAGAUUUCAAGAGAAUGAAAUGAACUUUUAGUUUGGGUCCAUAUCAGCCUUACACAACAUUUCUAAACUCCUUUGUACUUUGGAAAAUUUAAACAUAUGGACUUUUAAAAUUAUUCAGUGUAAUUUAAAUCACUUACAACCAGUUUUUAACCUUGUUAUUCAGAAGCUUGACCCCUUUAGAAAAUUAUGUUCACUUAUUAAUUACAUCAAGUGUUUGCCAUAUUAAGUUGUAUUUGGAAGCAGAUUUAUAAACCUACAUAUUUUCUUUCAGUGAUAGCUUUUUUUCACUGGAAGACACUUCUUUGAAUAAUGCCUAUCUUCAACUUUUCAAGACUAUUUGGAAAAAUGAAGUUUCUUAGCUGUCCCCAGGGAAAUUAAGCAGAAUCCAACUAGAAUCUAUUAAGAUGUCAGAACAAUUAAUAAUUUUAUUAGGAAAAAUCAUGUUUUAAAUUUCAACAUAAUACUUAUUUGUCAAUAAUAUCUUGGAACAUUUUAAAAGAAAAAUCCUACAUAUGAACUACUUUUUUAUAAUUGUUUUCAGAAAAAAAGUUUACAGUCUUAAGGAAAAUAUUCAGGUCUAUCAUAUGGUUUGACAGAUUUUUUAAAAGUUAUUUUUGGUAAGGUCUUCUUUUAAAAAAAAAUUAAUCUCAAGGGUUUUUUGUACCACUAUAAUCUCUAAUACUUAUUCAGAAUUACCGUGUAUUUACUUAAUUUCUUAUUAUGUGCCUUAUUACGUGCUUAAGAUACAAUAGGUUAGAGUUUUAUCUAAAUAUCUUGAAAGCUAUAUUGUGGGCUUGGUGAGCAUUUUGUUUUUUCUUUCCCUGUUUUGGUAAAGAUUUAAAAAUGUUUUUCAUUGCAAUUUUAAGUGGUUUUCAAUAAGUAAUAGUUUAUAUUCAAAUUUUUGGUGCUUUGGUGUAGAGAUGGGGUGGGAAGGGUGAAUGGUUUGGGGAAUAACUCAGUGCACACCUGUAGGCCUCUUUACAUUGCGACUGAUAGCAGUUAUUGCUAGUUAUUGCAUACCACUUUGGGGCUGUAGAAUGCAAUCUCAGUUUUGUCUUUAUUGUCCAUCAGAAUUUAUCUCAGGAUUACUUGGUUUUUUUCAGUACUCAAAUGACAACAUGGUUUUCUUUGUUAAUGUAAUUUCAUAACUGAGUGCCCACAUAUUUGGGGUAUGAGAAGGUGGGUUCUUUUUCAUAUUCUGUCUCUUUCUUUUUGGUUGAAUGUAUGAGUACAUUUUAAUGUUGCCUCAGUGAUUGUAAAAUGUAAAUUUUGAUUUUGUUAAUUUUUCUUUUGUGUUUGAUCAAAUUUUUUUUAAAGCCGAAUUUGUCAAAAGGGUCAUCUUUGUCCACUCCUUUUACACUUUGCAGGUUUUGGAAAUGGCUCCUCUCAAUUUUU